CCAUCUCGACACACGACCCAACCUUCAUCCCGAUCACCACGGUACUUUGCAAACGAGCGUUAUCGCACGCGCGCGACGACCAUUCGCGAGUAUAUAUAUAUAUAUAUAUAUAUAUGUAUAUAUAUAUACAUAUAUAUGUAUUAGAUAGCCAAAUCAUAUCGUAGAGAGAAAUAAAGAGAAAGAGGGAGAUACAUACAAUCGGUAUUCUAUCGGUUCUCGUGGAGUUUCUCGCGUCGAAUCAAAGGAGCAAAGAGGAAGAAGACUCGCUUAUUGCCGUUGGUUGUUGGUGCUUUUCCCCACGUCCGUUGUAACGAGUUUGACGAUAGAGGAAGAUUAAAAUAACAUCGAUCAAGAUGAUGAAGCUCGUCCUAAUAUCGAUGGUGUGCUUGCUGGGAGCAAGGGCUGCUCCCUUGGCGAAUCAUCACGAAGCAGAAGCACCUCCGACCGUGGUACCGCUCGAAAAAGCAGCCACCGCGAAUUCCGAAGAAGCCGCUAAUGUCUCCUCCGAUACUGCCGCGUCUUCGAUCGCACCAGCAGAACCGUCAUCGGCGCCAGCUCUUGUGGAAAGCGCAGAGGCUAAAGCAGAACUUCCGGCCGAAGCUCAAUUACCGAAUCCGAAAAGCGAGAAUUCUCAGCAACCUCAAUCCUCCUCCUCAUCCCAGGAAAAGAAGGAGGAGGAAUCUAAGCCGAUAGCUCGCGAGGCAUCAUUGGAGCAAGCUAACGAAAAAAAGGAACUCCCUGAACAAAAUGCCGAAGCACAAGUCGCGCCGCAGCCACCGCAACAACAACAGUCUGGAGAGGUUAAGAAGGAGGAUGAAAGUCUGAAGGAAGCAGCGUCCGAAGUGAAGGAAACUAUACAAGCUACGUCACGCGAGGCACAACCACAAGCACCAGCUGAAGCGUCCGAGAAGAAGGAGCAAGCAGCACCGGCCGAAGGGAAGAGCGCCGAAUCCAGCGAGGAGUCCCAAGAGAAGAGAGAUGUAGCAGCGAAGGAGGAGGAGCCAAAAGAAAAAGAGAAAAAAUCCGUGGAACAAGCGGAAAGUUCUUUACUGAAGGCAGGAGCUGUGCCAGCAUCUGUUGAAAGUCAAGCUCAAGAAGCCGAGAAGACGGUUGAAAAUUCGAACGAAGCCAAUAAGAACGAGGAGCCAUUGAAAGAGGAAGUCAAGGCCGAGGAGAAACCAGAUCGUGUGACUCGCGAUGCCGAGGAAUUUGUAUCAACUGUAAUACUCGAGAAAUCUCCGAUUAAUGAUGAUGCAGGCAACAAAGAUCAAGAGGGCGAAAAGAAGAAUCAAACUGAGGAAAAGAAUGGUAGCGUAGCAUCCGAAAGUACAGCCGCAGAGAUCGAAAAACCGAUAGAACCAGCGAGCUCUUCCUCGUCAAAUGGCAAUCAAAAGGAAGAUGUUAAAGAUGGCGAUAAGUCGGUUGCGUUGCCUCAAGCCGAGAAGGAAGCUAAGAGCGCUGAAUCCGAGGAAGCGACAAAGGAACAGAAACAAUCCCAAAGUGGUGCGGCCGACGCUGCCGCAAAACCAGAGGAAUCUAGCCAGAUCAAGCGAGAUGCUUCUGCGGCGGAAGAGGAACAGGCGAAAUCAAAAACUGAAGAAUCUCUGAAACAAGAGACCAAACCGGAAGUAGCCGCCACCGCCGUUCCUGCUGCUGCUCCUGCCGCUGCUCCUGGCAUCGCCACUGAUGUAAAGGAACGCUCGAAGGAAUCCUCUUCUGAAGAAGACAAAUCGGUCGAAAAGGAAGACGCUAAGAAUAGCAGCGAAGAGGACGAUGACGAUGACAAAAAAUCCUCCUCCGAGGAAAAAUCGUCAAAAGCGAUAGAGGAAUCAAAGCCAGAGUUGUUGCCAAAACCUGAAGAAGUAAAGGACGCGAACGUUGACUCGUCGACCCAGUUGAAGGCUCUCUCAUCUUCCUCUUCUGCACAAGAGGAUAAUAGUCCGUCACUCCUUCAGAGCAGUAACGCCAGCAAAAAGAGCGAGGAGAACAGCAGCCAGAGUAACAGCGAGGAGAAGAGCGCCUCAUAAAGGGACGAUGCUCGUUGACACGAUCGGCAAGAAAUGCACGAGACCAUCCCCGAAGGAAGAUCGAUCAAGAUAGAGGAAAAGAGGGAGAGAGGAAGAAUCGCCGAGUGUGAACGACUGAAUGUCAGGUCAAGAUUAUAGGAAAGAAAGAUAUUAAACAACAAAAAAAAUUACAAAUUAAUUAAAAAAAAAAAAAAAAAAGAAAAAAGAAAAAAAAUAAAGAGA